UUGAAAGCUAACGUAUUUUAUCGAAUUCACGCUUAUUUCUACGAUAGUCAGCAAAAAUACUUUUUUGGCAAACCAUAUUAUGGCGAAUGGCACCAAUAUACUGCUUCUACUAUUAGGUUUGACGAGCCAAUUUUUUAUUGGACUUCAUUUAACGAUAAUGUCGAUAUUGUUUUGGAAUUGGUUGAAAGUGAAGAAAGUUUAACAACUUCAGACUUUUUCACAGCAGCAUGGACUUCGCUAAGAUUGGAGAAUGAUGGAAAAUCCAUCCCAGAUCGCAAUCUUGAUCAAAAAUCAGAUCUUAAAAGACUGCCUUUGUAUUUGGGAUCUCCCAAAGCACUAUUGUACAAAGAUUCUUCAGCAGUACCUUGGAAAGUUGCUGGUAGUUUAUUGAUUUCCUCACAAGCAUAUCAAGCAAUGAAUGCAGUUUUAAAUUUUAUUCCUGACUGGUUCAUGUUUAGUCGAUGGGAAGAUAUUCCAGGAUUACAUUUAUCACAUAAUAAUCAGUUGAAAAUGGCAAUUCCAAAAGCACUGAAAAGUCAGAAUUUAAUUAUAAACGAAUUAAAAAUAUCUUUUGGCAUAGAUUAUGAUAAAUUUGAGCAAAUUAUUCUUCACUCACUGAAUAAUGAUAGGCUUUAUCGAGCAAAUAGAUCACCAGCUGAUAUCAAUAUCAAAUCAAUGGAAGUAUUGGAACGGAGAAUCAUGAUUGGGGUUCACAAUGGUUUACGUUACGUUGAAGGACCACAGUGUAUGCAUCUGAACUCAUUAAAUGACCAAGUUCAUGGCUUUUCUCGAAUUACGCACAACACACCCAUCAUUAAAUCGGAAUCAGUAUCAUGCCUGCGCGAUCUUUUCAUGGAUGGAAGUAUAAUUAUGCAUGGAGUAAUUGCUGAUCCUCGUUUUGCUAUAGUUUUUUCACUUGAUUAUUUGGUUGGAGUUUAUUCAUAUGAUAAAACCAUACAUUCAUCACAAUCAGUGAUAGUGUCAUGGGGUGCUUGGUGUCCAUCUACAACAAAUUUUAAAUCAAACAACGAAAUCAGAAUUAAUUUGUUUGGAGGACCAAGUAUUAAUCCAAAUGAACGAUUAACAUUUAGAAAUUCACUACCUUUUCAUCACAGUCUAUCUUCAAGUAAUGAAUCUGCUAAAAUCCAAAUUACAUUCACAUAUUCAGAAAUUUAUCAGAAUGAUAAUUCAUCACAUAUCUCUGACUAUGGAACGAAGCAAUGUGGAUAUCGGCCUAAAUUAGCUGAAAAUUUGAAAAUAAUGAAACAAGAAAAUAGGCAAGAAGAUGAUAAUCAUUGUGAUAAAAUCAUUUCAAGUAAUAAGAAAGAAGGCGCCAAUUUCGCUAGUUUAGAGAUAACAAAUUUGCCAAUGGAAAGAACUUCCAAUAUAUGUCGUGGAUAUCUUUCUGCGUUAUCUGAGAUUACCUUUGCUACUUUUAAAGAUCGCAACGGCAAAAAACCUAAAAUUAUUGAUAUCAACGAUCUCCCUGUAAAUAUUUAA